AUGGAGGACUCAAGACAAGAGCAAGAGCAGCAGCGGCUUAGCCUCGAGCUUUUGCCAGCGGAGCUUCAGCUAGCCAUCCUCGAAAGGCUCUCAAGCUGUGAGGACCUGACAUCACUCACCAUCGCGUCACGAUCAUAUCACAACCAGUACAUCGCGUACAAGAAAGGAGUCCUUUCGCAGGUGACCCAAAACAUCCUGGGUGACUCGUUUGUGGACGCGUGUAUGCUGCAUCGCUGGCGUCGGACUCUUGGUACGUACCACCCCUCCAGCACGUUGGACACAGGUCACGGUUUGUCCACAGACGCCGUCGAUGCACAGCAAUGGCCACGAGGGCCCUACCGGCAUGUGCAACUGAAGUUUCUCCACGACUGCGACAGCUACGCUCUUCUCGACGCCGAAAAACAAGUCGCACUCAUGAGGGGCCUCCUGACAUUGGAGGACUUUUCUCAGGUCUUAUCGUUCCAACACCAAGUGGUGAGGCCGCUCUCGGAGCUAUAUGCGAAGUCAUUCACGGUCCGGCGAACGGUCAGGACCGACUGGGACCAUUGGGAUACGGUGCCCGAUCCACACUGCACCCCCGCCACGAAGAUGCUACGGGUCACACGGGCGCUGUAUCGAUUUCAAGCCUGCUGCCAACUUUACGGCCACAAGGCGACACCCGAGGAGAAUGGCAUCGUCGACCUCGGCAACAGCCAAUGCUUUGCGAUGGCUCGCGACUUCUUCGGCCGCUUCGACGCGGUGGAGAAAGAGGAGCUGUACACCGUCUACAGCUUGGCGGCGUUCGACGCCCAGCGCUACUUCGGCAUUCUCAGAUACAACCACGACUGGAGGGCAGUCCUGCUGCAGCGUCGGGCGCAGGCCGGGGCCCGGAGGUUCAUCGACUACAACAUGGUGACAUCAGAGCCAGUCGGCUACAGCGGGGUGACUGCCGGCGUCAUCUCACAGGGACUAGAGUUGCUCAGCCGGGCGGGUCGGUGCGAAUCCGAUGAGGACGAGCUCGCUGCUGUCCUGGUGGCCAGCGACCCGCCGCAGCUGGACAACUUUAUGUGGGACGCACUAAUGCUACUGAGGGAUAAGGGAGAAUUCACAACCCAAUGGCCAGAGUCCUGGUCAGAGCAUCUAUCGUUCUGGAUGUAA